CUAAUUAUUCUUUGGAACUCUUCUAAGACCCAAAUAUCGAAGUAUAUUUUAAGACAUUGGAUUUUUAUUUAAUUUUUAGCUAAUUUUAAUGGAUUCUUAAACAACUAGGAGAAUGAUUUCAUAGGAGAGUAUUUUGGAACCAGCAGAAUUCAUUUCAGCUAGAACUGACACUAAGAUUAAAUUAGGAUAUCUGUUCAUUUAAAAUCCGAACAAAUUGGAAAUGUUUGGAUUAAGAUAAGUAAGUUCUAGACUUCCUAAAUUCAAUCAAGGUAAACCAUUUAUUGAGUUACCAUAAAAUGAAAAUUAGAAGUCGUUAGUACACCAAUCCCAAUCUAUUGAAUGCAGAAAGUAUAAUAAGAGUCAAUCCAAAUUGAUUUUGAAUAAGAGUUCUCAAGAGCAACUGAUUUUGUCGAAUCCAACCUUUGUACCUGAAGAGAAGAGAGAAAAAACGAAAUCGCCUAAAAGGAUGUUGUAGAGUCAUCAUAGUAGAUAAAGGAAGGAAUUACCUCCUAUUUUGGCCCAUGCUAAUUUAUCUCCUCCACCAUUUGAUACGAAUCAAUUGAAAAAAGAGAGGAAGCAGAGAAUUUCAGGGAAAAUAUACUUAGGUAGAUUAACUAAAUUCGAUUGUAAAUAAAGAGAAUCGGACAUUUAAUAGAAAUUCGUUGACUAGUUGAGUUUUGAAAGUUCGAAUGCUAAGUUGCUUAUGAGACAUCAAAAUGCAAAAAGGGCCAAACAGAUCUCAUUGAGUUAAGCUGUCAAAGUGUUGAAGAGGAAUCAACAACAAGAAAAAAGAACUCGUUUGGAGUAUCUCUUCAAAUCAAAGGAAAAAGAAUUAAUAUCAUUAUUUUAAGGGAAUGACGAAUAAUAUUAAUCUAUUGAUGAAUUGUUAUGA